CAGGUUAUGGCGAUUAUCAUGCACGGCGACGCUGCGAUAUGCGGGCAGGGCGUGGUGUUUGAGACCAUCGGACAGGGGUCACUGCCUAACUUCACGACGCAUGGAACGGUCCACAUUAUAUGCAACAACCAGAUCGGAUACACCACCGAGCCUCGUUUCCAUAGGAGCUCGCCAUACUGCUCGGAUGUUGCAAAAUGUGUAGACGCGCCCGUCAUGCACGUAAAUGCAGACGACCCCGAGGCGGUGGCUUAUGUGGCGAGGGUAGCCAUCCAGUUCCGCUGCAAGUUCAAGAAGGACGUGGUCUUAGACCUGGUGUGCUACCGCCGCCACGGCCACAGUGAGGAGGACGAGCCCAUGUACACGCAACCGUUCAUGUACAAGAAGAUCAAGACAAUGAGGACAAUUGACCUAAUGUACGCGGAUCAUCUAAAGGCAACUGGAAUUGCGUCUGAAGCGGACAUAAAAAAAUGGGAAAAGGAGUACACAGACACUCUCAACAAACACUUUGAAAUGUCGAAGAAAAUAACCAAACUCAGUAUUAUGGACUGGGUCGAUACUCCUUGGACGGGCUUCUUCGAAAACGUCAACCCUAACGUGAUUAAAGAAACGGGAAUAAGUCAGCAAACGGUUGCAACAAUUACGAGUCAUUUCGUCAAACCGCCGGAUCCAUGGGCCUUCGAGUUGCAUCCCGGUGUCACUAAGAUACUGGAAAAUCGAGCAAAACUGAUUGCCAGCGGUAUCGCAGACUGGGCGAUAGGUGAGGCACUGGCAUACGGCGCUCUACUAAGAGACAAAGUACACAUUCGGUUCACAGGGGAGGAUGUGGAGCGAGGCACCAUGGCACACAGGCAUCAUGUGUACCACCACCAGAGCGUGGACGGCGCUACGUACCGCGUGCUCGACUUCCUGUACCCCGACCAGGCUGUUUACUCGCUGCACAACAGUUCGCUGUCUGAGUAUGGUAUCCUGGGCUUCGAGUGUGGCUACUCGUAUUCGAGCCCAUACGUACUGUCUAUCUGGGAAGCACAGUUUGGAGACUUCGCAGACACGGCGCAGCCAAUCAUUGACACGUUCAUCACGAACGCAGAGAGCAAGUGGGUGUGCCAGUCUGGGCUAGUGAUGCAUCUACCACACGGUAUCGAUGGUGGUGGUCCCGAGCACUCAUCCGGGCGUAUCGAGAGAUAUCUGCAGCAGUGUGAUGAUGACGAGGAAGCUAUACCCAACCUUGAUGACAAAAAUAUGGCGCUAAAGCAAUUGCGUGCAGCCAAUUGGAUCGUGGCUAACCCGACGACUCCUGCAAACUACUUCCACAUGAUCCGACGACAAAUUGCGCUACCAUUCCGCAAGCCACUGAUCACGUUCUCACCGAAAGUAGGCCUCAAGCACCCCUACUUUCGGUCACCAUUGAAGGACUUUUACCUUGGAACGAGUUUUCAGAGAGUAAUCCCAGAAGACGGGCCUGCCAGUAAAAAUCCUGGAGGUGUCAAAAAACUGAUAUUCUGUUCGGGUAAUGUCGCCAUCAAGAUUAACGACGCACGGAAAGAAAAGAAACUAGAAGAUAAAAUCGCAAUUUGUCGUGUUGAACAGCUGUUUCCAUUCCCUUAUGACAUGGUCCUAAAAGAAUUCUGCAAAUAUGAGAAGGCCAAGAAAUUCUGGUGCCAAGAGGAACACAGGAACCAGGGACCUUGGCUCUUCUGCAAAGUUCGCAUGGAGAACCUCUUCCAACAGAAAAUUGGAUGUAUUUCCAGACCAUCUAGUCCGGCUUCAGCAACUGGUAUCAAAUGGGUGCACAUGAAAGAAAUAAAAGAUCUAAAAGCAAAAAUGGUAGAACUCACAUGAUAAAAGUUUUUCAAACAAUUUGGUAUUGUAAUUAUCCGUGAAUAAAAAUUGUUUUAGUACAGUG